AUGACUGCAAGGAUUGUCGGGUUCUCCGUUCUGGCAGGAACAAUGCUGCUUCUCCUGACGUCACUAGUCCACUCUGAAGAUGAAACCGGCUUCUUUUGGCACGUGACCGACUUUCACUACGACAAGGACUACACGACCCAUGGUGUUCGGGACGCUAUGUGCCAUCUGUUCUCCAAUCGGUCCGGCUCGGGGGACAUAGGUCCGUACGGCGACGUCAAAUGCGACGCGCCCAAGCUUCUCGUGGAAUCGGUAGUAGCCGCCAUGCAGAGCAACGAGCCGAGCCCGGACUUCGUGCUUUGGACGGGGGACAACCUGCCGCACGUGGAACAGGUAUCCUGGUCUGACGUGUACGCGCAGACCCGGUGGCUCGGGCAGCUGCUGAGCGAAGCAUUCUCUGGCUAUCCCGUGGUGCCCACCCUUGGUAAUCACGAUUGCUCGCCGCCCAAUUACAUGCGUCCCGACAACAAGUCCUUGUUCCUCUCCGAAGCUGGCUUCAAUGAGCUUUUGCCCUCGUCCUCUUGGAGCAUAUUCGAGAAGGCUGGAUACUACAACUGGACAGUCAGCAGAUCCCUACGACUGGUUUGCCUCAACAGCAUGCUAUGGUAUGCUGGAAACAAAGCACCGGCUCCCAAAGGAAGCGUAGAUGACCAGCUGGUCUGGCUGCGCGAGCAGUUGCAAGAGGCUCAUCAGUUAGGACAAAAGGUCUUCAUCUCGGGGCACGUGGCACCUGGCUUCUACACCCACGUGUUGUCGCCGGAGUUAGGCACUUCGGGCUUGCUCCGGGACGAGAUCAACGAGGCCUACCAGGAUCUGAUAGCGAACUUCAUGGAUGUUGUUUCGGGACAGUUCUUCGGCCACCAGCACGCUAACUCUUUCGUGGUACUGUCGGACGCUUACGGGCGACCUGUGAGAAGCGCCCAGGUGGCCGCCUCGGUCACUCCGUGGACCACAUCAGACGACUUGAAGCUCAGCCUGGCGGUGCCCACAAACCCGAUGGUGCGGCUCUACAAGUACGACCGUUCCUCGACCAGACUUCUCGAUUAUACAGUCUACUACCUUGACUACGACAAGGCCAAUAUGCACCCCAAUGAGACGCCCAAGUGGGAGCCCCUCUACACACUGACGACGCAGUACGGUGUCCCCGACGUGACCACGGCUUCCAUGGUGGACCUGUCCCAGCGGUUAAACAGUUCUUCCGAACUCUUGGACACGUACAUCUGGCUGACCACGGCCUUCAACGACUCCUGCGACUCGUUCUGCCGCCGAGUUCAGCUCUGUAGUGCCAUGUGCUCGAGGGCGGUACCACACAGCGCGUGUAUCACCUCUUAA